AUGGGAGCACAACGAAAAAGAGCUCAACUCCCGACGUAUGGAACAUGUGACUGCUUGAAGAUCCACCGCGGUAACCUUGAUCUGCCGGACAACACUUCUUCCAACUUCUAUGUCUCCAUCAAAGUCGAUAAUUUAAAAGCUCAGUCGGUCGAGCGCUCUGGAAAGCAGCCCGCCUGGGAACAGGAGUUUUGCUUUGAACUCCCGAGCAACAAGAUCGGAGACAAAAUGGUGACACUGGAAGUCUGGGAGAAGGGUUUUCUUUGGGACAAGAUCCUAGGCACUGCUUGUAUUCCUUUCGAGGAGAUUUCUGCUUCGUCGGAAGAGACGCCGCUCGCAGAUCCGAAAUGCGGGCCGAAGUGGCUUCAGAUGUACGAAGAACUUCUCCCGACGGCGGUCGGCUCAUCGAAAGUUCGCGGGCACCGGUUAACUUGCCAUGAGCUGCUCGUCGAGUCAAGGUUCGAGUCUGGCUCCGAUUUGACGCUGGAAGAAAUCCUCCUUCUCCAGACGUCAUUCGAAUCCGACUGGCGCUUUGACGGCUUCGACGGGAUCGAGUUCGACAAUUCGGACCACGAGUGCUAUCACGAGGAAGAUGAGCUCGCAGAAGACAAGCUCUACUCUGACGAGGAGCAGUUUUGCCAAACAAGCAUCGAAGAAAAAGCCGAGUGCGAUCAACACGUGGAGAACUUUGGAAGCGAAACUGAAUCACGCCUGAGCGAGCAAGCGCUCUGCUCGAACAGGAAGAGCCCGAAACGCCAGUUCUCGAAUCCGAAAUCGGAAACCGACAAUAGUUUUGUCAAGCCUUCUCUGAUUGGGGAGGACGUCCCGGCAUCGCCUUUGGAGGAAUAUCACAAAUUGCCUUCUCAGAUAAUAAACGAAGAAAUCAAGACUUCUCAUGACUCCUCGCGAGUGCCAUUUACGCCAAAAGAACAUACGAACGAACGAAACAACGAGCACAGCAUAAACCGUGCUAGAUCCGAUGAAAGACCCGACAGAACCGAGGAUAACAGCGGGUCGACGCGGCGCACCACUCAGCUCUCCUUUGUGCGCGACAGCAUAACUGGCAUCGACUUGGACGACCAAAACUUUUCCGUGGCCAAGUUCCGCUGGAUUCAAGCGGUAAACAAGAUCCGUGUGAAGAUCCGCGAGAGCGACAACGAAGGCAAUGGUGCCGACAUUCCCAAGAUCCGCAAAUCCGGCUGGGGCGUCCAAGCCAUCGCCUCCAACUUCCUCAGCUCGAUAGACUCAAUGCCCAAUUUCAAAUUGCUUUCGGGGUUGUAA